GGAUCUUGGCCGCAUUCAUGGAAUUGAUCUGCGCGAGUCUAUAAAUUUACCCUGUACAGAGGGAAAACCAUGGUAUGUCUUGCAUGUUCACGGGCUAAAGCGGUUAGAGGGGGCUUCGAGGCAAGCGGAUUGCAUGUAGCGGGAAAAAACCACUGACAUGCCUGACUCAGAGCCGUAUAGAUUCUGUUCAACCAACCACUCGUUUUUUUCGGUUUAUACUAACUGUGGCUUGUGAGAUGUGUCUCCGUGAACAGGGUUUUCUUCGCACCACCAGUGCCGGGUCACCCGGUCCCUGCGGUGGCGGUCACACCCGGGGUCAGCUCAUGUCUUUCAUUUCUAUUUCUUACCAGCAGCAGCUCUCUUGCUGAUUGUCUAUACUUUCCCCUACAUUAGUACAGCCGCAGCUUCGAAUCGGCUUUGAAAGUUUUCUUAAGCUUCAUCUUUCCGUUUCGACUAGAAAGCAAUAGUGUUUUCGAAGACAGGCUGCAUCACCGGAACAAUGGAACAUUCAACUGCCCAGUGACACCAUUUCUAUAUUUCGUUUUUACUAGGACAACUUUUCGCGCCGUCAGUUUACCCUCCAUUCAGCGUUCCUGAACCCCGAAUGCAUGAUUCGUUUUCCCGUGGAGGACCAAUGAGCCCCCGGAACUCCUUCGUAGAAUAGUGUCAGGUCGGUCAUACAAGAGGAAUGACGUCCGUCCUCGUCACCCAUUGGGGCUGAGGGCAUGGCGUUUCGACGAGUACUUCUGUAAACAUAUCUUUGACAUCAUCUGUCCCGUCUCGUUUGAUUUGUGGACCGGCAGGUCCACGUUCAUUUUCUAUUUCUAGUCCACGAAAUGUCCCUAUCCCCACUGAUGGCGUCGACUGGCCCUCUUUUGGAUCGUGCAUCUGCAGGGAUGCGGGCACUGAUCAACAUUGUCUCCAAGAGUGAGUGCCAGUAUUUUGAAGAGGGACAUUUCAACGCGGCGCAAGUGAAAAAAGAGUUGCAAGAUGCAAGCGUGGAGUCGAAGGUAACUGCCAUGAAGCGUCUUCUUGCCGCUCAUGCAGGCGGUGCGGAUGUCUCGGCACUGCUUCCGGAGGUUGUGAAGGCCAUCGCUGUGCCCGAUCUCGAGCUGAAGCGCCUUGUCUAUCUUUUCCUGAUCCAAUAUGCUGAAGGAAAUCGGGAUCUUGCUCUGCUAUCCAUCAACUCCUUCCAGAAAGACUUGACCGACAGGAAUCAGGUUGUUCGCGCUGCUGCGUUGAAAGCACUCGCUUCCAUCCGCCUCCUCGAAGUUGUGCAACUUCUUGUCAUCUCGUUGAAGCGAGCGGCUGCAGACUGCUCGCCGUUCGUUAGACGUACGGCGGCGCAGUGCGUGGUGAAGGUGUUCGCCCUUGACCAGGACCAGUUUGAGGAGUUAAAAAGCAUUGUCCUUACUCUUCUGGCCGAUGUGGAAGUGUCCGUCGUUGGUGCUGCCUUGAUUGCGUUUCGUGAACUGUGUCUUCGCCAUUCCCACCUGCUUCUUCACGAAGGCGAAAGCCAUCCAGACGACCGUGAGCAAUACUUGGAGUGCACUUAUACCCCGACCGGUGAAAACGGGGGGUUGCGGACGGCCACACCUCGCACGCCUCUCCCCGUACCGGGUCUGGAGGCUGCAGAUCAGGGGAAAGACGCAAGGGAAUUCCGAGGUCAAGCGGCUGCCCUGGCGCUUCUUCACGGGCAUUAUCGCAGGCUGCAGAAAUGUCUUCUCCAGUUGGAGCCGUUUACUCAAGUCGUCGCUGUAGACAUCUUCAUGCGGUACUGCCGUUUAUUCUUCGCUGAUCCGGUCGAGCACUAUCGGCGGCAGCCUUCUGCGACUAUCGGCGCUGACACUUCAUCCACCGAUUUGGGGAGAACCAGUGAAAAAGGUUGGUCUGCUGUGGACCAGCAUUUGAAAUUGUCUCCUGAAAGGACGCGCGCGCGCUCCGGCGACAAGAGCAACGCAAACGCUGCCGGUCUCGCCUCUGUGACCAUAGAUAAGCUUACCGCGGACUCCCCGGGCAAUCCUGUACCUACGGAUUUUCGGUUAUUUCUGUCAAAUCUGCCGCUGCUACUCCACUCUGAGAGUUCGGCAGUAGUGGUAGCGGCAACGGCCGCACUUUUCUCGCUUCUGCCUUCUGCCACAUCAGCAUGGCAAGCUGCUGUUCACCCUCUUUUGAGAUGUAUGCACACGUCCGCGCCCGAUCUGCAAGAACCGCUGCUUCAUACUAUUGCAGUGUUGGGGUCCGCGGCUCCGUCGCUGUUUAUUCCGCAUGUGCGCUCCUUCUUCCUUCGCUUCUCGGAUUCCCCAACAGUCAAGCAAGCGAAACUGAAAGUUCUUCGAAGCCUCCUGGUUUCAGCGUCUUCACAGUAUUCGUCUGGCGAUGGAGUCAGUUCGCUGGCGCUUCUUCUGUUGACCGAGGUCCGCACGUACAUUCACUGGCCAGGUGACCAAGCUCUGCUUUCCUCGUCUUUCCGCCUGCUCACAUUCUUAGCUCUCCGGUUCCCGGGCGUCCAGGCCGCGAGCAUGCAAACUUUCGUUCAGCUCCUCGACGCACCUUCGGCGGCUCUCGCCGCAGAAGCAGUUUUGGCUCUCCAGACGCUCCUUCAGCGCCAGCUUGAGCAGCAGCGCGAAAGCAGCGCUCGUGGCGGCCAGCUGGGCCAUCUGCUCUUGCAACUGGUUUCACAGUUUCCGCGGGUGCAUGCGCCACCAGCCCGCGCAUCGGUGGUCUGGAUCGUGGGCCAGUACCAGCGCGAAGUAGGCUGGGUGGCUGCUGACUUCUUGCGGCAGCUGGUCCCGAAGUUCAAAGCGGAGGCUGAGGAAGUCAAGCUACAGAUCUUACUCCUCGCCCUCAAAGUCUGGGCCUUCCACUGGCUCAACAAGAGGGGACUCGCCGGAGACGAGAACGACAGGGUCUUCAACCCUGAUGGGGAAGAUGGCAGUGGAGCUCCUCCAGCAGCCACACGAGGCGCACAAAGUGGAAAUGCACAUGAUGAGGAAGGGCCGUCUCGAGGCUCCGUGGGAGGUCAAAGGCUGGAACAGCUGCGCCAAACGUCUCGUGAUGUCAGCGUGACACCCGGUUCUUCCCGAGGAGUGCAGACACGCGAUGGAGUGACGGACGCGACAGGGCCAGGCCAGCAAGAGUCACUGCUUUUGCCAAUGCCAACGAAGCAAGAUAGUGAGAAAGCCUUUGCGCGGUUGGACGGGAUGCUCAAGUAUGUCUGUGAGGUGGCAAGCUUCGACAGAAGCUACGAUGUUAGAGACAUGGCUCAGCUCUAUUUCACUUUGUCGCAACUCGCUCUGUCGACGGAGAGCACGGAGGAAAGGCAAGAAAGUUCAGAGGGGAAGAUCAAAAGAGAGGACAUGGCCGGGGAACAAAUCUCAGCCGAUGGAACGCAUGGCUUUCACCAGCCUGAAGCAGUCGACCUCUCAUUCAAUGACCUUUCCGGUUUUGGCGGGGACGCUCUGAAACCUGGAACGCCACUGCGGGGCAUGCAGAAGUUUGCGAGCACUUACAUGCGGUUUCUCGCAGCUGCGCCUGGUGUAGAGAUCCAGAAAAGGACAGAAGGACAAUCUUUGGAUACUAAAACGGGUCCGGCAGCACCUGGCCUUACCUGCUGUCACGUAUUGCAAAAUGGGGACGGAGAGCGCGAAGCUGACCACGCAGUUGGCCCAGACGUGAUCGAGGAUAGCCACGGUCCAGCCUUCGUUUUAGGAUCUCUUUCGGACCAUAUGGCUGAGCGCAUGCUUGGGUACGUCUCACUGCCACCGUUCGCUGAAGAAAAUUCGUCUGAGCAACUGCGGUACGUGGAGACAGAAGAACGGCGCGCUCUGGUUGUUGGACCCUCUGGUGGCUUAGGCCGCACUGCUGGUGGACUGUCUCCUCACAAGGAGCUCAAAUCGAUUUCCUCCGACGACGUGGUUGUUAAGAGGAAUGCAGCCGCACUGAUGGGACGCGAAGCAGUCGCGAAAGCCGCUCUCACUCCUCUCGACCUCGACUCCUUCUACAGCGAUCUUUGCGGGGGCUCUGGAAACAGCAGCUCGGGGGUGGACACAGCGUCGGCACCAGCGGGGCAGCAAGACUGUGGAGAAGCAACUGGACACCACACCAGAGCUGAACAGGGGGACGCCCGCGGCAAAACGAGUUUGUGGCAGAUGUUUGGGAACGCCGAAGAGCUGGGUAAUGACGCGGAAGUCGAAGCACGUGACACUGCGAUUCAGUCAGGCACACACACCGGUGCAGUGGGCGGCGUUAAGAGCGCAACAUGCUGCGAAGGUGUCGCUGUAGCUGGCGAAGAUGAUGAAAGCGAAGACGAAGAUAGGGAGUGGCGCGCAGCUGCAGUGGGCGAGAAAGAAGAUAUCUGCGACGGGUCCUGUGACAAUGACAGUAGUCGGGGAGACGACAGAGAGGAGGAGGGUGACUGGAAAUUCAUGCCAGCUGCUCGGUGACGAUGCGUACGGUGACCACCGCACAUGCCGUUUCUCACCAGGAGCUGCUGCAACUGCGUGCAUACAUUUGUUUGCUCUGAUAGGAAAAUGAUAUGUUGGUUACUUUGUGGUGUCGUGGCUGACACAGCGAAAAACGAUGGUAGUGCAUUCGGUUGCCUCGAGUCCAAGCUCUGCUGUGUCAAGGAGGCGACUUGACAGCUCCCAGUAACUGGCACUCUCCCUGCUCGAGAGACGGUACUCGUCUGUACAGUGUAUCGGCUACAGCGAAUUUCACAGGAAUCACUGGUAUUCACUGGGAAGACGGAAUGCUAAAUCCACGCGCAGUUUUACAAGCAAAGCAAACUCUUCGGCGGCUGUUGCUGGGGGAUGGAUAGGCGGCACAAAGAGGCGCCUUUACUUCGGGCAACCAUACAGCUGCUAGUUAGUGCAGCAGUCCCUUUACGCCUACAGACAAUAGCGGCAAUGUAGAGUAACGUUAAUCGGCAGGUUACAUUUGGUGUAUUUGAGCCUGUUCGUCUGCGAGUAGAGAAACAGAAAACAGUCCUGGUGGUAGAGGAAGACAAAACAAUUGUGGUCCUCUCCGUGAUGCACUCAGCAUAUUGAAGCAGAGCAGCUUUAGAAAGGCACCUUUUUCCGACUGUGGGUCCUAUAGUGGAUAGACGUGUACGACUGUGCUUCAAUGCUCCUUACAGACAAAUUUAACACGUUGUGGCAAUUUUGCGAGGAUUUGUUUUCCGUGUUGCGGUUUCCACUCGGAAAGCGCGGAAGGCAUGUACCUUGGCGAGAAGACACUCUGUGGAAUUGCUUGCUAGUUUUUCCCGCAGAAAGGCGCCUCUACAGUGCCUAGUCAUCGAGAACUGUUGUCAGAAUCUCCUGUCUCGUGUGUAGUUGUUGUGCCACCUGUCACAGGAAUUUGAGUACUGUUUGAAAUGCAGUAUUUCCGGUUAGCACAAUCGCUAUGCAGUUCUCACCUGUGUGCUCAGAAGCAAGUGCAUGAGCUACAUCGACAUAUUGGUUGCUGCUUGCAGUUCAUUUGUUGGUAAACUGCUUUCGAGCUGUCAACAGUUACGUUACACGUGCAACCAUUGUAUGCAUGUUACUGACGGAACAAACGCUACAACUCAUUUAAUAGUUCGAUC